AUGAGCAAGUUUUCUCGCCUGGCAAACGCGCCACCAGGAGGAGCAGGAGGUGCCGCAUACCCCGGCGCGCCUGUACCAUCCCCUCAACCGCCAACAAGCCAAUAUCCGCAAGCACCUGCUUCACCCUACGCUCAACCCCCUGUGCCUCCUAGACCAAGUGCAUCACCUCAGCCAUAUCAGCAGCCGUCGUGGCAGGCGCCUCAGCCUCAGCAACCACAGUAUGGCCAACAACUAGGUCUGCCCCAGCAGGCAGGAGGAUACCCAUCACCACAACCACAGCCGGCAUAUACCUCGUACCAGUCGCAAUAUCAAGCUCCCACUCAAUAUGGACAACAGCAAUAUCAACAGCCAAACCAGUGGGGCCAACAGCCGUCUCCCGGGGGCUAUGGAUACGGCCCUCCCCCUGGACAAGGACAUCCUCCCUAUCCCGGCGGCGCACCCCCUCAGCAGUAUGGCGGACCACAGGGCGGACCACAGGGCGGCCCUCCUGCGGCACCAGUCGGCAACGUCCAAGCUUACAAGAGCUCACUCCAGGCAACAAUUCAAGAGAAAGGAUUGCAGAACUUCUAUCCGCCGGGGCACCCUGUCCUUGACCAGAUUGCAGGUCGAGCUGCUCAGCAAGUUGCGCAACUUGCCCAGACAUGGCGCAUCAACCCAGAAAUUGCUUCCGACAUUGUCAAGCUAGCCUUGUACGACGUGAUCCUGUACAUUGACGACAGCGGAAGUAUGCAGUUCGAAGAGAACGGCGAGCGUAUCGACGAUCUGAAGCUGAUACUGUCGCGCGUCGCCUACGCCGCUUCAUUGUUCGAUGACGACGGCAUCCAAGUCCGCUUCAUGAAUUCCCCAGAGCAGGGCAACAAUAUCCGCAGUGAACAGCAGGUCACCGAAUUGGUUGCCCGCACGCGCUUUUCUGGUCUGACACCCAUGGGUCGAGAGCUGCAAGCGAAAAUCCUCGGACCGUUGGUGUUGGACCCUGCCCGACGUGGAGCACUGCGCAAGCCGGUGCUAGUUAUCACCAUCACGGAUGGCCAACCGACAGGCGAAAACUCGUCGGACGUUGCUAGGAUCAUCAAGGCGGCCUCAGAUGAGUUGGCUAGAAACCCUCGGGCUGGCAAGGGCGCAUUGGCGUUGCAGUUCGCACAGGUUGGAAACGACUUGAAAGCGCGCGAGUUCUUGGGCAAACUCGACGAGGAGCCCGGCAUUGGUGAUAUCAUUGACUGCACAUCCAACUUCGAAGUCGAAGCUGACGAAAUGUCCCGGGCCAACCCGCCUGUUCAGCUGUCGCCUGAGCUUUGGCUGGUCAAAUUGCUCCUGGGUGCGAUCGAUUCAUCCUAUGAUACGAAAGACGAGAAGAGCGCUGCACGACCUCCUCAGGGCGGCUACGGUGGCGCUCCGGCACCAGGCGGAUAUGGAGGUGGAUAUCCUCCUCAAGGUGGUUAUGGAGGACAGCCAGGUGGAUAUGGCCAACCACAAGGAGGUUAUGGACAGCCCCAGCAGCCCCAGGGCGGAUAUGGUCAGCAGCCGCAAGGUGGAUAUGGUCAGCAGCCACAAGGUGGUUAUGGCAGACCUCCACCAAAUGCGCCGCAGGGAUAUCCUCCACAGCAAGGUGGUUAUGGUGCACCUCCGCCUCCUCCACGAUACUGA